AUGGACCCGCAGCCACAUGCACAGCUCAGGGAUGUUCUGCCAUCCUCUGUUAUCACUGACAAGAAAACCAAUGUGCAUCUGCCUCUGGAAAGGGGCCAAGGCUAUGCUGAUGGAACUCUUCCUGCCCAGCGCUUCAACAACGGGAGGCUCUUUCUUUCCUCCUGGGCCUGGCGUCUCGGUGCAGGACUCACUACAUUGGUAGCAGUGUACUUCCUGCUGCGUUGUUCUCGUUUGAUAGGCGUUGAAAGAAAGUCGUUCCAUCUGACCCGAUCCCUUGCAGCAGCUGCUGGUGGAUUAUGCCACUCAAAGAAUGCACCAGACGACGAUAAUGGAGGCUACAACGGGAGAUUGCGAAAGUUCGCCGGAUUUUCGGGACAGCAGGUGCUACGAGAUGGCUCUAUUUCACGUCAGGACACGUCACACGGACCCCCCAGGAUAGCGCAGGAAGAAGAACCGGAUGAAUUUCUAGACGACAUGCUUGAUGAGGCUGGCUUGGAUGAGUCUGGCUUGGAUGAGGCUGGCUUGGGAUCGCUACCGGAGGAGUGUGAUGGCAGUGAAUUGCACUUGUGGGAGGAGCGGAAACUACCGCCAAGCUUUAAAAGAAGGGUGCUUAAUGUUCUGCGAAAAAUGGCAGUGGUCCCAAAGGUGUGCAGUUCACUGUUGCCAGCGUUAACGUGUGCCCAACGCGUGCGCGUGACAUAUCAUGUAAUGCGACUGAUAGCACUCGAUUUGGGUGCCCUGUCGCUUGUAAGGGAGGACCUUGAGCCAAAAAGGGAAAACGUGGGCGACUCUCUUAUCAGCUUAGCUUCUGAGUGCCUUCAACAGAGCGGCGAGGGGGUGCAUCUUGAGGGUCGACGCAUUGCUAUCCGCGAGCUAAUGAGUCUAUGUAAGGAGAUCAAGCAGCCGCGCCGCCAUCUAGUGGAAAAAUCCCCCUUAAAGUACAAAAAGAAGAUGAUAAGCUUACUGGGAACUGCCGGCCUGGCAGUUAAGAUUUGCUUAGGCGCUUUGGAAGGGCUGUCAGAGUUGAUGCGGAAUAAUUCCACAAAGCUGGUCGAAAGUAUAGUAGGUCAGCAGGCCGAUGUUAUCGAAGCAAUUUUCCGUAUUCACUCUGAUCACAUUGCCAGAGACGGUUCACUUCGCGCACACAUUAUAGGAUGUCAGAAACGCACAGGCGUGUUCGCGCUCCUUGGCCGCUAUCAUAUGCACGUGUCCAGAGGUAAUAUUCUCCCAGUAAAAGACCUGCGAGAACGUAUAAUCGACGCGGCAAGAAGUGCUGGGGGCCUUCUACCACCGCGGCGGCCAUGUAUUACAGACCGUCGUAGCAACAGUAGCGCGUUGGAGGGAGCGCCUCUACAGAUGAGCAGUCAGCCUAGGAAGCUGUAUGGGUGGUUUAAUCACGACACACUGCACAGACAGUUUGCUUCAGCAGUGCAAAUCUCCCUUCAACCCACAGAUUCCGCAGUGACCGGUGGUGCUCUUACCAGGCACUUACCAACUACAUAUCCACAAUGGCGAGCUGGCCAGACGUUUACGCGAGGCAUUGAGCCAGUUAUGCAUCGCGUACCGUAUUCAUUGGUGUAUCAUGAAGGUUACCAGGUGCAAUUAGCUCCGCCGCAGUUUUCUCAGCCACUGGUUGGAGUCCCAUUGGCAUGGAUACAGACUCCAAGACCGGCUGCUGCCGAGGCGGUUUUACCGAAGUUGCCGGCAACUCUUCCCCCUGCAGGUCCCCAGAAUCUCGGAACUGCCGACUAUUCGCAGGGCUUUGAUCCUCCUGUUUCGUUACAGUGGGGCACAUUCCAUCCAGAUGGUUCUGGUACGCUUUUGCAGUCCGCUUCCCACGAAUCGGACGGUGCUUUAGAUGCGUCAUCUACCAGUCCGUCAUUACAGGCAGUUCCGAAAACGGGCGAGUACAGCCUUUUCGGAGAUGGGGGUGUACCCCCCUGGUCGCCAUUUACGGCGAAGUUGGCCACCCUUUGUGAUGGGCAAACAAGUGUAACCUGCGGUUGGACGCAAGGCCACAGCCACAGAAGUACUCUCCAUUCAGCGGAGGACAGCCAACACAAAGCAUGCGGGGAGCAGCUGGCUGAUGUUCCAGAACGAUAG